AUGGAAGGUAAAGGCCUUGUUUUCAUUUCAAUCUUAGAUAUGCUCUUUCAUCUGAAAUGUUGCGUAUAUGACUUGACGAUGUAUCUGAAGGCAAACAUCCAGGAAGCACGGUCUGCUGCCCUUGAGCAAACUUUAAAGAAACUUGGUGUUGAAAGACUUAGUAAAGAGGACGUGCAAAAGAUGCAGUGGGAAAUCCCUAGAGGCAAAGAUAGGAAACUGGAUUCAUUUCGUGCGGAUUGCUGGACCAGUGUUUUGCCAAGGUCACAGCAAACAGCAUGGCGGUUCUCCUCAGUUUUGGUGAAGCAAUCACUAAGAUCACCCGAAAAGCUGUUUGUCCUUCUUGACAUGUACGAGAUUAUGCGAGAACUUCAGCCGGAGGUAUGUGGAACAUAG